GGGAGGAGCACACAGAACCGACUAGAGCAGCCAUAGGAGAAGAAUGUGAACAAGAAUGGAUAUAUGAAAUGUUUUCAGGAGAAUGCUCCAAAGCUUCCCUCUGUGUCAGUGAGUCCAUCUGCUGAGAUAAUGGAGGGAAGUUCAGUGACUCUGACCUGCAGCAGUGAUGCUAACCCAGCAGCUAAUUACACCUGGUACAAGAGGAAUGGAAAUCCAGCCCUUCAAUCUCUCAGUAAUGAGUCACAGCUUAUCUUCAGCUCCAUCCAGUCCUCAGACUCUGGACUCUAUUACUGUACAGUGGAGAAUGUGCUGGGCAAGAGGACAUCUGGAGACUUUGGUAUUGAUGUGAAAUAUGCUCCAAAGCUUCCCUCUGUGUCAGUGAGUCCAUCUGCUGAGAUAAUGGAGGGAAGUUCAGUGACUCUGACCUGCAGCAGUGAUGCUAACCCAGCAGCUACUUACACCUGGUACAAGGAGAAUGAAGACUCACCACUUCAUUCAGGACAGAUCUUCACCAUGACUGACUUCAGAGCUGAACACAGUGGGAAUUAUUACUGUGUAGCUCAGAACACAAGAGGGCGUCAUAACUCCACCUUAUAUCUGACUACGGCAGGGAAAACAGCUUUAAUACCAAAUGUCAUCAGGUUAACUUUGGUGGUCUUGAGUCUGAUUCCUCUGCUUCUUUUGAUUGUGUGGAUGAGGAAGAAGAUGUCCUCUAGCCAUGAAGCUGAAUCAAACGAAGUGGUGGAGAUGAUAGAGAUGCAGUGAAAUCACAGACUGGACUGACCUGAUGGAAACAGAAAGUAGUGACAGCAAAACAUCACAGUGGAAAAUGAUGCUGCGCAGGAAGUGAUGGAACUGGAUACAUUUUGCUAGGAUUUAUUAUUUUUAUUGUUUCUAUUAAACAUACUGCUGGCUUAAUGCUGAUUUACACAUGGCAUUAUGUGCUAAAUAAAAGAGUUGUGUUGACCUGUGUAAGACGGGAGGAUCUCAAACUUUAUCUCACACUAUGUGAAUUGGGAAGAAACAAAGUUGAAUAGUAGCAGGUCAAACAGAGGACAAAGCACACCAGCUUACACUCAAGACACAUCAGACACAUGAACACACACUGCAGACACACACACUCUCAUGGACACUCGCUGCAUGCUCACACAUACCAGCUACUACUGAUUGAAGGAUGCACUUGUUUUGAAGCUCAUGUAAAAGAACAUAAAACUGAUAAAGUGCAAAUGAUUGGAGGCAUGCGUCACCCAAAGCAAUGAGAGCACUGUCAUACAACUUUAACAGGAAGACCAUAAGUAACGACAUAAGACUGUAUCCUUAGGCUAUGACUACUAAUGAAGACACAAAGACACAAACACACCUAUCAGUCAUUGUAGGGAGGGAUUCCUUUCUCUUUCAGGUUAUCAGAAACUGAUGAUUCAUUGGAGGAUUGUAUGGUGACAAGAUGUGGACAAGCCUGUCCACCAACGAGAGAGAGCCAAGUCUAAACCACGGCUCUUCUCCACCAGUUUGACCAGUGAGAUUGUAGCACAUUUCAUAAAUAUACUCUGUAUACUGAAUACUGCAUCCAUUACUGGGAAGACGCCUUCAGAUUAACACCUUUGUUAAUUCUAGUCCUCUGAAGUGUAAUUGUUGUUGAUAUCAAGCUACUUGGCAUUGCAGAAUAAACAGCUUUAACUGAGAGAAGUUUCCUGUCUGCUGUCUCAAAAACACACUCAACACUGUGAAAUGUUGUA